AAGUUGAUGAGGAGUAAAGAUGACGAGUAAGACGAGAGGCCGCCCACGAAGGAGUGAUAGUGAAUGGUGGUAGUCUUUCUUGAGGAGCGGCUAACAUCGUCGUCAGCUCUCCCCACCGUCAGCGCUCUCGUCAGUUGUGUCUCCGUGGAGCCCCCGAGAAGUCUAUCAGUCCACAUCACCGUCAGCAUUAUUGUCGUCAGCUCUCCAUACCGUCAGCAAUUUGGUGUAGUCGCCGCCGUCCUACCUUGGGUACACAACACCUGCCUCAACACACAUCCGCUACUGUUUGUAAACAUACCUGACGCCUGCUGGUGCUGUGUGUGUGGCGGCCAGGUGGUGCCUUGUGCUCAGUGACAGGUGGAGGGUCUUAACCUCAGCUGGCAUAUACCGGCUGGUGACGUGACAUUAUCCCGGGUGGUAGAGUGACGUCCUAGGAAAGGCUUUGACCCCCAGGUGACCCCCCCUCCCCUCACUGUUGACCUCCCUUGCCCCAAGAGGUGUUAUGGACGAGGUGUGGGGUGUUGAAGAUGCGUGAGGAGAGGUGAAGGAAGGAGACCUGCUGGUGGGGUGGAGAGGGAAGAGGGGGUGUUACUCGGCCUCAUGUUUCUGGUGUGUUGCAGCCGACCGAAGCGCUACAGCUUCACUCCCAGCUACUCCUUCUGUCACCACUGGCCUCAGUGUACCAGGUGCUGUCAAAAGAACCCAAGAAUGACUCUCCGGACACCACUGUGACGACGCCUCCUAAUGUACAAAAAAGGGAGAUGGGGGGUCGUCGGUGUCGUGUCGUGUUCAGCUACGCACCACAACACGACGACGAGUUAGCACUGUGUGUGGGCCAGACCAUCACCAUACUGCAGGAGGUAGAAGAAGGAUGGUGGAAAGGUGUACUUGAUGGACAGGUUGGUAUGUUCCCAUCAAACUUUGUAGAAGAUGUUGUUGAUGAAGAGAACACUUCCACUUCCACUAAGCAGAGCGAAUCAACUCUUGAAAACAUCAACAAUCAACUUAACGUAAAUGGUGACGGAAAAGAAAUAAAACCAAAACCCAUUCAGGGGUUGGGCUAUGGGGUGAAACUCACAGACUUGAAGAAAGAAGGAAACAGCAAAAAGGAAUCUGACACUCCCACCAGCAACGGAUCAACAAAAAUCUUAGGAUCAUCAGGGACCUCAGCGUUCCAACCAGUACACAAAAUUAAGGAACUUCCUAGAGAAAAUGGUCAACUGAAGGACUUCCGAGACCUACCUCACAGACUACCUCCAGCUCUAGAGCCCAAGACAGAGAAAGUUACUUCAAAAACUGAUAAAACCAGAAUUAAUGCGGCGGACAAGGAACGCAUCAACUCUCUGGAGAAAGACAGAUCGAGCAAUUCCUCAGUAGAGGAAAAGAAGAAGGUUGAGGCAGGGACCAGAAGGGAACUACCCACAAUAGCCAGUGGUUCUCCCCCUCAGCUGCCACCACCACAGUUACCUCCUAAGCCUGUACGGGAACUGGCACGAGUCAUGUUCCCAUAUGCAGCAGAACACGAGGAUGAGUUGGAGUUGAAGGAAGGAGACAUCAUUACUGUCCUCUGUAAGGAGCUGGAAGAUAGAGGGUGGUGGAGAGGAGAGCUCAAUGGUCACGUAGGAGUCUUCCCUGAUAACUUUGUGGAGCUAAUGAGUGUGGAGGAAACG